AUGUCAAGUUCUGAUGGAAAAAUAGUAUCAAAAGAUACGCCGGAUAUCGAGGGUUGUAAAGAUCUUGAUCGUAAUUUUCUUGAUGUUAAACAUACAACACUCAGUGAGCGAGCAGCAUUAAAAGAGUCAGCAAGAUGUUUGAAAUGCGCUGAUGCUCCAUGUCAGAAUUAUUAUGGUGCGGCAAAAGCAAUAUUAUCAGAUAAUCCGCUUGGUUUAACAUGUGGAAUGGUCUGCCCCACGAGUGAUUUGUGCGUGGGUGGAUGUAAUCUGUAUGCAAGUGAAGAGGGACCAAUCAAUAUUGGUGGUUUACAACAAUUUGCUGUUGAAAUAUUUAAAGCAAUGCGUAUUCCAGCUGUUCGGGAUCCACGAAUGAAUUUACAAACACUACCUGAUGUAUACAGAUCGAAAAUAGCACUCGUUGGUUGUGGUGCUGCCUCUAUUAGUUGUGCAACAUUUCUCGCACGAUUAGGUUAUACAGAUCUGACAAUAUUUGAAAAAUGUGAUUUUCUUGGAGGAUUAAGUUCAGCAGAAAUUCCACAAUAUCGUUUACCAUAUGAUGCUGUUAAUUUUGAAAUUGAAUUAAUGAAAGAUCUCGAGGUCAACAUCAUUCCAAAUAAACCACUUACCACCGAAGAAAAUGGAAUUACAUUAAAAUCAUUAAUGGACGAAGGAUAUAAAGCAAUUUUUCUUGGAAUUGGUUUGCCAAAUCCGAAUAUCGAUCCAAUCUUCAAAGAUUUAACAGUCAAUCAUGGAUUUUAUACAUCAAAAAAUUUCCUUCCAAUUGUUUCUAAAGCGAGUAAAGCUGGUAUGUGUGCGUGUAAAUCGACGUUACCGACUUUAAGUGGAAAUGUUAUUGUGCUUGGUGCUGGUGAUACAGCAAUGGAUUGUGCAACGAGUGCAAUCCGAUGUGGUGCAAAAAAAGUGUUUGUUGUAUUUCGAAAAGGUUUCAAUCAAAUGAGAGCUGUGCCUGAAGAAGUUGAUGUAGCCAUUGAAGAACGUUGUGAAUUUUUACCUUUUUGUUCGCCUAAAAAGGUGACCACAAGAGAUAACAAAAUAAUUUCAUUAGAAUUAGUCAGAACGGAACAAGAUGAUAAUGGUGACUGGAUCGAAGAUGAAGAUCAAAUAGUUAAAUUAAAAUGUAGUUACAUUAUAUCAGCAUUUGGGUCGACUCUCAACGAAGAACCAGUUAUAAAAGCCAUGGAACCACUUAAAUUUGACAAAUAUGGUUAUCCAAUCGUUGACAAAAUAACAAUGGCAUCAAGUUUACCGAAUGUAUUUUGUGGUGGAGAUUUGGCAAAAGUAGCAACUACAACGGUCGAGAGUGUGAACGAUGGAAAAACAGCUGCAUGGCACAUACAUCGAUACAUACAAGGAACUGAUUCCAUUCCACUAACUCCUCAAUUACCAAAAUUCUUUACGGCAAUUGACAAAGUUGAUGUUAGCAUUGAAGUAUGCGGAAUGAAAUUUCCAAAUCCAUUUGGCUUAGCCUCAGCUCCGCCUGCUACAUCUUCACCGAUGAUCCGACGUUCGUUUGAAACUGGCUGGGGAUUUGUUGUUACCAAAACCUACUGUUUAGACAAGGAUGUUAUAACAAAUAUUAGUCCUCGAAUGGCGCGUGGAACAACAUCGGGCCAUUUAUUUGGACCAGGACAAGGAAGUUUCUUAAACAUAGAACUUAUAUCAGAAAAAUCCACCGAAUAUUGGCUACGUUCAAUUAAAGAAUUGAAACAAGAUUUUCCUGAUCGAAUUAUUAUUGCCUCAAUAAUGUGCAGUUACAAUGAAGCAGAUUGGACCGAAUUAGCCAAAUUAAGCGAAGAAGCUGGUGCUGAUGCUCUCGAGCUCAAUUUGUCUUGUCCACAUGGAAUGGGAGAGAAGGGAAUGGGAUUAGCAUGUGGCCAAAAAGCAGAUCUAGUUUUGGGUAUUUGCAAAUGGGUCCGAGCUGCAAUAAAAAUUCCUUUUUUUGCAAAGAUGACGCCAAAUAUAACUAAUAUUGUUGACAUUGCCCGAGCAGCAAAAGAAGGUGGAGCUGAUGGAGUAACAGCGACUAAUACUGUUAGUGGUAUAAUGGGAAUCAGACACGAUUCAACAGCGUGGCCAAGUGUAGGUAAAGGAAAGAAGACAACAUAUGGUGGUGUGUCGGGAAAUGCAAUCCGUCCAAUUGCAUUAAGAGCUGUGAGUGCUAUUGCUAAAGCAUUACCCGGAUAUCCAAUUCUAGCGACAGGAGGAAUCGAUUCGGCUGAUGCUGCUAUGCAGUUUUUAUACGCUGGUGCAUCAGUUCUUCAGGUGUGUAGUGCAAUUCAGAAUCAAGAUUUCACAUUAAUUGACGAUUAUGUAACCGGUCUUCAAGCUUUAUUAUAUUUAAAAAGUCUUGGUCUGGAAGGAUGGGAUGGUCAGUCUCCACCGACUCCAAAACAUCAAAAAGGCAAGGCAAUUCAAGUGAAAGAUCUUAUUGGAAGUCAUUUACCUCCAUUUGGUGAAUAUCGAAAACAACGUGACAAAAUAACUCAGGAUUAUUUUAAAAAUGUUGACAUAUUAUCCCCUGACUUUGAACCACAGGAGGUUCGACCAGCAAAGGAACCAAAAACAAGUGUACCGAGACUCGUUGAUGUCCGAGGACUUGCACUAGAUAAAAUAACUGAUUUCAAACACUUAGAUCCACGAGAACCGGCCGUUGCAAUUAUUGAUGAUGUGAGUGCAUGCUGA